UUGCCAUAUUAGAUGAUGAAAAAUUAGCAAAAUUAUAUAACUUUGCAAAAUCUCUUGGGAUGGAACCAUUGGUAGAAGUUAAUAGUGAGGAAGAGAUGACAAGGGCAAUCAAAUUAGGAGCAAAGGUUAUUGGGGUAAAUAAUCGUAACUUGCAUACAUUUGAAGUUGAUCCAUCUACAACCUCACGAUUGGCCAAAAUGGUACAUAAAGGUGUAAUUUUAGUAGCUUUAAGUGGAAUCAAUAGCAGGACAGAUGUAACUGGAUAUAUAGAACAAGGUAUUGAUGCUUUAUUAAUAGGUGAGGCAAUGAUGAAAGCUCAAGAUAAAAAGGCUUUUAUUGAUGAAAUAUUAGGAAUUGAAAAGGUAGAAACUAAAACUACUAUUACCAAGUCUCCCAUCAAACCAUUGGUGAAAAUAUGUGGUAUAAAUACAAUUGAUGCAGCAAUCACAGCUACAGAAUUGGGUGCAGACCUUAUAGGAUUGAUAUUUGCCAAAGAUUCAAAAAGAAAAGUAACACUUGAUCUAUCUUUGGAAAUAGUUAAUGUUAUUC